GGAGUGAAAGAGCACCAACCAACAGGGUGGAGAGAGAGACACAGAGAUAGAGAGAGGGUGAGUGUAUGUGUGUCCAGAGAGAGAGAGAGAGAGAGAGAGAGAGAGAGAGAGAGAGAGAGAGAGAGGACAGAAAGGCUGCUGAAGAGCUUGAGGGAGACGAUAGAGUGGGAGCGAUAGAGUGCUAGAUAAUGGAGGUGCAGACGGAGUGUGUGGAGCCUCCUGUGGCCCCUCAGUGUGACCCUCAGCCCACAGGGAAGAUCAACAAAGCUGCCUUCAAACUCUUCGGAAAGCGGCGCACCGGGUCUGGGAUGGCCAGCUUCUUCUCCUUCAGGAACAAAGGGGCUACAAAUAGCGGGAGCAACGGGACUUCUGACAAUGGGAAUUCUUUGAAUGGAAAUGGCUCGGCGGCAUCGGUGGAGCUUGUUCGAAGCAAAACCCACGAUGGACUAACGGGCUCUAAUAACGAUGCUGAUGGACAGAGAGGGGAGGGGCUUGCUAUCCUGGAGGCAGGGCCGGUGAGGUCCCUCAGCAAAUCCCUAAGUUUCUUCUCUCUACUCCGACGUGGGAGUUUUAGGUCGAGUGCAAAUGGGGGGGCAGGGCUUGUUCGAAGAGGGAGGGGCUUGAAGGGCUUUUUUAGCAGCAUGCGAUGGAGACGCAAGGAAAAAACAAACGAAGGAGAGGGGGAAGAGGUGGAACGGAAGACGGAGAAGGAUGGGGAUGUUGCCGACUCUGAAAAGGUAAAAGAUAUUACGCUCACCCUUGAACCGCCUCCUCAUCAUCACCAAGUGGAUUGUGGGAAUGCAGAGGCAACCCCUAACCCAGAGACUCCCACUACUACUGUUACCAUGACACCACCACACUGUGCUGCCAUGCCAGGGCAAUCUGGUGAACCAGAUUCCCCCUUUCCUUACACACCCACUGACUCGCCACUGCGCCCUCCCAUCCAAAAAGCCAAAGCAUCAAUUUCCAGCCUCACCCCCUCCCUCGCUACACCCCCUUUGGAUCGCUGCAGCACGGGUGACCCACCGUCAGAACCUUCGGUGGACCGCCUCUGCUCUCUCCUCUUCACUGACGUCACAUCCCUCAAGAGCUUCGAUUCACUGACCGGCUGUGGUGACAUUAUUGCUGACGCAGAUGAGGAAGGGCCAGCGGGUAACGGGGGCAGUGGCACCAGCAGCAGCAGCAGUGGGGGAGGAGGGGGGAGUGUGGGAGCGGGCGUUGGGAGAGCUGUUGGUAUCACCAGUCCCACAUCUCGUGGCUCCCCAACCAAACCCGCUCUGCCUUCGCAGCUGACCCAGCCCAUGUUCUCUGUUCCCACAAGCUCAGUGCCUUCUACCCUUCCGGCACGGGCCCGGGCACCGCUUCCGCCACAGCAGCACCCGGCUGGUAGUGGUGUGGUGGCCUACAUGGGCGGAGGGGAAGAAAUGGCAAGUCCAGAGGGAGUGGAUGAUGCAGACAUGCAGGGGCUCUGGCACAUGCUGCCCUCAACAGGUGACAACUCUCCUGCUCUGCCUCGAUCACAUCAGCCUCCCUCGACCACCCCAACUUGUACUUAUCCCCCUCGUGCCAUGUCCAACCCUGCCAGCAGCCACCUGCUCUCAGCCCACAGGAGUGCGGACCGCAGGUUACCCCCGGUGAAGGCAUUGGGGCUCAGUAAGAUUCCAGUAGUUGGUGCAACAGGAGGCCGUGCAGCGUAUCCCCCCCUCCCUCACACACACGGUCGUCACCCCACAUCACCCGGAGAAAAAGAGCCACUUAGUGAUGAGGGUUACUGGGACACACCGUCCGCAACGCCCACAGCAACACCCGAUGAGAGCGGGCUGCAGCGUAACCAGAGGACGGCCCUAUCGCGCGACAGUUACUCUGGAGACCACCUGCACGACCUCUACACUGACCCAGAAGAGGUAGGAGAGGAUAUAGAACAGGAGGGAGAUGAAGAUCUAAACAGUACUUCCUCUCCAUCUACUGAAUACAAACUGAGCCCCACCUCCCAAACAACUCCUCCUUCCUCUUCCUCCUCUUGCUCCUUCCAAUCAAUGAAAGGCAGCACAAGCCUUCCUCGGGAAUCCAAGAUCCCAGUAAGCAGCAGACAAACCCCACCUCCCCACUCUGUAAGCCAGUCAGCCCUCUCGUCUGUUCUAGAGGCUGAAUCCCCUCCACCAAAGACCGAGGCGCCUCCCCCGGCUCGCACCAGAAUCCCUGUAUCCAAGGUGCCCGUCCGUCGUUCUGGAAAAAAACCUGGCAGCACGACCAGAGGAACUGCCCAUAAGAAGUAGGCCCUGUCGCCCACUUACUAAAAGACUUGAGUGUACAUCACUUCAGUGCUGUUUAUGCAGUGUUUUCCCACACCAAACGUUUUCCCAGACCAAGAAAACAUGUUGAGCUGUAGAGUUAACAGCCUAUAAAUUCCUCUCAAAUCUUAAAAGCUUUCAUUCCUGAAGUGUUUUGACCUACGACGGGCUGGGAUAGAAUAGGUGGUUUUGUUCACUUGAGAAAUUCACGAGGAGACUCAAAAAGCUGGGUGAACACUUCACAGCCCUCACUGGAACUAUAAGAGGUUGACUUUUGACAAUCCAUCGACUCGCUAUGGACACAUUUGCCUUGUAACUUCCUGGAAAAGCUCCUGACCUGCUGAGAGUUUGACAGCUGAUGACUGCACACUGCAAAAAAAGGAAAAAAAAGCAGAGCACCUUUUAUCUUUUACAUUUUUACUAUGGAAUUCCACACGGCAUAACACAAUUUGCUUUUAUGGACCUAAUCUAAUCAACGUUGUUUUUUUCUGAGAUUGUCAAAUCUGUAACAAAUUACCUCCUAAUCUUUUUUGAUUUUAGAGCCAAAGUCUAAAAAAAACCCUCCUCAUUUCCCUUGAACAGACUCAACGAGACCCACAGCCUGGAAUAACCCACCACUCUUUGUUUGGCUGUUUCUUUUGCUUUUUGAUGAUGGUUUUCUUCUAACCGCACACUGAUUAUUAAACUGUAUGUGCAAAAAUAUGAAUGAACACUGAGAUCUGGUUUUAUUGUUUACCUACUUUGCAGCUACAAACAGAAGGCCACACAAUAUCUUCUUUUUUUCUGGAGGGGGAGACCUCUGUUUUGACUGGCUAUUAUAAUGAUCAUUAUAAUUAUUAUUGUGAAUGGACUAAGUUUGGAUUCAGCCUGCUGCAUCUGGAUUUUACUAAUACCGCACUGCAUCACUGGGAUGUCAACCUCUGGGAUUUACAACUGUUGCAUUACCAAUGAAAACCUGCAGAGCUGUCGCAAUACUCAGCCUGGAGGGAUCCCUUGCACUGAUGCUUCGAUGCACACACAAACACAAACACGCAUACAAUUUCAGACAUUUUCCUUCCCUCUCCGCAUGCACAAAGGUCAGGGAACAUCAUCUAUUACUGAAUGACCUUAGUUACACACACUGUUCAUCCUUUCUCUUCAGAGCUACACUGGAUUCUUCUCGAAGGACACAUGCACAAACAAACUUUUUUUUAAAAAUAGUUAGUACUUUCUUCUUCACUGGAUUUCAUACGUUUUCUAUACAGUAGACUUAUUCAUGCUAAGUCAUACUGCUCGGAUCUUAAACUGUGAUUGCACCAGCUUCUUAAUGCUCUACUUUCUGUUCUUUGCCAUUAACAUACUGUACAAGCUGAUGUGAGUGGAUGACAAGGAGGCAUCCUUGCCGUCAGCUAGUUCUAGAGAGCCAGAAUAUUCCUGCAAGUGUUUUAAAAUAGGAGGC